AGUUCUGCGAGAACCUGUCACCCGACUGCCGCGAGGCUGUGAUCAUGGGCCAGAUCCUGCCCUGCAUCAAGCACGUGAAGUCGGCGCUGGCCUCGGUCAUCAUGGGGCUGUCCCCGAUCCUGGGCAAGGACAACACGGUGGAGCAUCUGCUGCCACUCUUCCUGGCGCAGCUCAAGGACGAGUGCCCCGAGGUGCGGCUGAACAUCAUCUCCAACCUGGACUGCGUGAACGAGGUGAUUGGCAUCCGGCAGCUCUCGCAGUCGCUGCUGCCCGCCAUCGUCGAGCUGGCCGAGGACGCCAAGUGGCGCGUGCGCCUCGCCAUCAUCGAGUACAUGCCCCUGCUGGCCGGCCAGCUGGGCGUGGAGUUCUUCGACGAGAAGCUGAACUCACUGUGCAUGGCCUGGCUAGUGGAUCACGUGUACGCCAUCCGCGAGGCAGCCACCAGUAACCUGCGGAAGCUGGUAGAGCGCUUCGGGCACACCUGGGCACAGGGAACCAUCGUGCCCAAGGUUCUGGCCAUGGCUGCCGAUCCCAAUUACCUGCACCGCAUGACCACCCUCUUCUGCAUCAAC